GGAAGACAAAAAUGAAACGCUGGGAAUGAAUGUUACAAUUAAAGAUGAUGAUGAAGAGGAGGAGAUAACCCCAGUUAUCAUUAAAAAUGGAGAGGGGCAUUUACUUAAUCAAGCAGAGGGAGGACAAACCCAGCCUGCUGCUCUCCUUCCACAUUGAGCCCAAACAAGAGUCACUGGAUUCUGAUUAUGAAAGUGAAGCUCAGGGGGCACUGGUGGAUUCAGAGAUUACAUCAGUGAAGCUGGAAGACGAAAGUCAAACGCUGGGACUGAAUGUUAUCAUUAAAGAUGAAGAGGAGGAGAAGAAUGUGGUUAUCAUUAACAAUGGAGAGGGGAAUUUACUUAAUCAAGAUGGGAUUGCUGAAUUGGAGAGACUUGGAGAGAAACAACAGGAAAACCACAAGGAUAAGAAGUCUCACCACUGUCCCCAUUGUGAAAAAUAUUUCUCAUUUUUGUCACUGUUAAAAAUACACAUUAACACACAUACUGGAGAGAAACCUUUCUCAUGUUCUGACUGCUCAAAGAGUUUUUCUCAAUUAGGUAACUUUAAAGCGCACCAGCGCAUACAUACUGGAGAGAAACCUUACUCGUGUUCAGACUGUGGGAAGUGUUUUAGGACAUCAUCUAUGCUAACUAUUCAUGAGAGAGUGCACACAGGUGAGAAGCCUUACUCCUGUUCUGACUGUGGAAAGGGCUUUAUUAAAUCAUCUGAACUUAUUAGUCAUCGGAAAGUGCACACAGGUGAGAAACCUUACUCCUGUUCUGACUGUGGGAAGAGUUUCUCUCAAUUAGGUAGUCUUAAAUCUCACCAGCGCAUACAUACAGGAAAGAAACCUUUCUUGUGUUCAGACUGUGGGAAGUGUUUCAAUACAUCAUCUGAACUUACUAGACAUCAGAGAAUGCACACAGGUGAGAAGCCUUACUCUUGUUCUGACUGUGGGAAGUGUUUCAUUCUGUCAUCUGAACUUAGUAGUCAUAAAAGACUGCACACAGGUGAGAAGCCUUACUCCUGUUCUGACUGUGGGAAGUGUUUCUCUCAUUUAAGUAGUCGUAUAGCUCACCAGCGUACACAUACUGGAGAGAAACCUUACUGGUGUUCAGACUGUGGGAAGUGUUUCAUUACAUCAUCUGAUCUUAAUAAACAUCAGAGAGUACACACAGGUGAGAAGCCUUACUCCUGUUCUCACUGUGGGAAGUGUUUUAUUACCUCACCUGCACUUACUAAACAUCAGAGAGUGCACAAAAGUGAGAAGCCUUAGUCCUGUUCUGAUUGUGGGAUGUGUUUUAUGACAUCAACUAAACGUACUGUUCAUGAGAGAGUGCACACAGGGGCGAAGCCUUACUCCUGUUCUGACUGUGGGAAGAUUUUCUGAGAUUAACCCCAGAUGGGACAUGGGAAAAUGUUACAGGAGAAAGUUAUUUAUUUUAUAAUGCUCUUGUAAUGGCCUCCCAGAAACUUCACCUCAUGGCUUUUCAGGCAGAGAUGACCAGCCUGCUCCAACUGAGAUACAAGUUACACAAGGUUGGGAAUCUUUUGACUUCCUAAAUAUGGAAGUUACAAAUUAUCAUAAUAUUUAGACAUAAUUAAGCAGAACAAUGUCUAGAUACUUUAAAAAGUAAUUGGUUAAUUUUGUCCAUCAUUGCAAAUAUAGAUACAUUUAGAUUUUUGGGAUAAAAAUGAAUGUUUAUCAUAAGGUGAAUGUGGUCCAACCUGAACAACAUUAUAACAAAAGUAAAAGUUCUAAUUUAUAUGAGCAAUGAGUUGGGUUAUGGCUGUCAAACAUUGUUGGGGGCUACGAUAUCAAUUGUGAGUAUUGAGUUGAGUGAUUUACCAUCCUGGGUCAGUUUGACCCGGUAAUAUAAUGUGUAACCAAAUUGUUAACAUAACACAAGGGUUAAAUAAAUGCAUAAUCAACAGAAAUACAUGGAUGGUAGAAGAUUCCUUUUUACUAAACAAGGAAUAAACUGAGGAUUUGGUUAUUGGUGCUUAAGCGAGAAAAUUACAGGGCAUUUGCGCCUUGGCCCAAAAUAUACAUAAUAAGUAUGGCCGGUUCUAGGCAUAAGCGGUUGCAUUUUAUUACUUAAGGCUAGAGCCAGCUCUGAUUACAAGUAAAAAAUCAAGGUGUGAUAUCAAUUUUUAGGCCCUUAUCCAAAUUGAGUUAAUCUGCAUUUUAUUAUUUAAAAAACAUCUAAAGCUUGUGUCUCUGCUAGCCAUGUCUGUCAUACAAUUUAUUUUCCUUUACAAACCUUUAGUCCAUGUAGAAGAUUAAUGUAUGAAGGUAUUAAUUUUAGUAAAUGUAGUACAUGUAUAAUGACAGAACUCCAUUGUUCAUUUACUAUUAUGAAUACAGAGAAACUGAGAAUGUGUGUGUCUAAUGUUUGGGCCUUUCCAAGGACAGACGGGACACUAAUUUGGAUCCGCAUUUGUUCCUGCAACAGCUCUUCUGGGGGUCUUUUGCCAGGUUAAAUACACGCUGCGUAAAAUAAUAAUAAAAACAGUGAUGUGCAAAUCAUUUAUCCCUGUAUUUUAUUGAAAAUGGUACAGAGACAACAUAUCAAAUGUGGGAAAUGUGAUUGUUUUUGCAUUUUUUCAUAUAGACGAAAACUUUGCUGGCUAAAACUGGUAAUAUCUGCUUUAUAGUAAGCAAAUAAAACAGUUUACGGUUAUAUUGCGACUGUUUCUGGUGGAUUUUCGAAGUACGCAUCAGUGCAUGCAAUUUGGAUCAGGAUAUACAAACACAUUUGCUGGCUUAACAACGUAGUUACGUUAUAGUAAGCUUUAACUGAAACUGUAUAUGUUUAUAU